AUAGAACCUUUACAUUGCCUUAAUAAAUUGGAAGUAUUACUUAUUUGGUACUGUAAUUUUGAUCUACACUUAAGAUUUAUUAAAUCCGAAGCUCGUGAACGUGAAGCUCGUGAAAAUGGUGCUAGUGUUACUCACUCAGGAUCAACAGGUUUUAGAUCAGGCAAGGUUUCCGGUCCAGUCAAAGUAUCUGAGAGAAAUGAUAAGAAAUUUGGGCCAACUAAAUCUGUUGAACCAAAUCAUCAGGCGAAACAGGAAUGUCAUCAUGAGGGAAUUUAA